GCGUUCUGCACGUUAAACAAAAACCCCCCCUCUCUCCUCUGUUCGUCUCUUCUCCCAUUGAUCCUACUCCUUAACGUAUGACAAUGGCGGUUAAGUCCACCGUGAGGAAACUCUCCUUCGAGAUUCUCAGCUCCUUUGACGAUGAUUCACUCUCCUCAAUCCCCCGAUCCAGCUCUGAUCCGAUCACCGGAAAACGAAGAAGACAUAGGAAGAAGAAAAACAAACUCGAAACUAUUCCGGAGAAUGGCGAUUCUCAACUCUCGACGAUUGUCGACGGAAACUCCGAGAAGUUUGAAAACAGAUUGAAUUACUCUGGCGGUUGCUUGGUAACGGAGCUGAGACAGAGGAAUGUCAACGGGAGUAACGAUGAGCACGCGGAGGAAAAAGUAGAGAAUCAGUUACCGAGAAGUAGUGAGACUAAUGGGAGGAGACUUGACACUGAAGCUUCUUUGGACUGGAAACACCUUAUGGCUGAUGAUGAUCCUGAUUCUCUUAGUGCUGAGACAAGGUCACCUAUGAACUACUUUAUGGGUGAAAUCUAUGGUGGUGGGGUCUCGUUAGGGAGCACAACGACUACAGGGAAUGAUAUUGAACGCGAGAGAAUAUAUGAUACGAUCUUCCGCUUGCCAUGGCGAUGUGAAGUGCUUAUAAAUAUUGGAUUUUUUGUCUGCGUCAACUCAUUUCUGUCACUGUUGGCAGUCAUGCCCAUAAGAGUCAUGCUGGUAGUCUGGGGUGCUUUUAAGAAUAGGCAGUUCAGGAGGCCUUCCUCGUCGGAGCUGUCUGAUCUUGCUUGUUUUCUAGUUUUGGCUUCUUGUACCAUUCUUCUUGGGAGAACAGAUAUCAGCCUGAUUUACCACAUGAUUCGUGGUCAAAGUACCAUAAAACUAUAUGUGGUUUAUAAUAUCUUAGAGAUAUUUGAUAGACUCUGUCAAAGUUUUUGUGGAGAUGUAUUUGGCGCCCUAUUUAGUUCUGCAGCGGGACUGGCUACUUCCCCUCCUGAGAAGCUGAGGUUUUUCACUUGGAGAUUCGCAAUUACGCUGUCAACUUGCAUUGUUGCUCACAACAAUGCCUUGUUGGCACUUCUUGUGUCACAUAACUUUGCUGAGAUCAAGAGCAGUGUCUUCAAGCGUUUCAGCAAAGACAACAUUCAUGCUCUGGUAUAUGCGGAUUCAGUAGAGAGAUUCCACAUAUCGGCCUUUCUGGUGUCUGUUUUGGCGCAAAAUAUUCUGGAGGCUGAAGGUCCAUGGUUUGGAAACUUCAUCUACAAUGCUAGUAUGGUCUUCUUCUGUGAGAUGAUGAUUGACAUCAUCAAGCAUUCAUUUCUUGCCAAGUUCAAUGACAUCAGACCUAUAGCCUACUCUGAGUUUCUUCAAGAUCUCUGCGAGCAGACCUUAAACAUCCGCCCAGAAGAUAGAAAGACAAAUCUAACCUUCGUUCCCAUUGCACCCGCUUGUGUGGUGAUCAGAGUACUGACUCCAGUAUAUGCAGCACACUUGCCUUGUCCCCUCCCAUGGAAAGUGUUGUGGAUGGUCAUCUUAUUCGUCAUAACAUAUAUAAUGCUCACAAGUCUCAAAGUUCUCAUCGGCAUGGGACUUAGGAAACAUGCAACUUGGUACAUUAAUAGAUGCCGAAAGAGAGACUCCUCCCAUCUGCACAACGAUUAGCCUGGCCCUUAAAAACUACAGAGAAUUUAAGAAAGGAUUGCAUGUGUUUAACACCUCAGCAGGAUGGGGUUUGCAGGAGUGUGGAGCUGCCUAGUUCCAGUUUACAACUUUGGUUUGGGGUAUGAGAUCAUCAUUGUGAUUCUUAUACAUCUUUUAUAUUGGAUGAAGCGAUUUUGGUAUCAUUAGGCAAAUAUAUGUACAAAGAGACCUCAUGGAUCAUUUUGGGAAAAACAAAAGGGGCCAAAGCGUUGAUUGCCAACUUCAUACCACCAGAACAGUCACCAGGAGCUGCUGUUCCGAUGAAAUAGUUACCACCGUAAGCAAGUUGGAUCGUACCCUCGCCGGUAUUAUUUUCUAUGUAUCCCUCGUUUGCAUGUUUCAUAACCGGUGUGGUUUACAAACAACAUUUUAUCUAAUUGGACUGUGCUUAUUUACGUUAGGUC